UGCUCUUCUUCUCCCCCGACCCUCUGCACUCGACGAGCCCACCCCGUCACUGCCACCCAUUUCCGGCUGGAAAUCCGGCAAAGCUUGGGGAUUUCUCCCUAUUUUCUUGUCUUAGAACACCUAGUAAACCCAGAAAUUCCCCCUCUUUGCUGGAAAUUCCAGAUCUGCGCUGUCUUCCUCCCUUUGUCCGUCGGCAUCUGCUUGUGUGGGUGUGAAUUCUCGGCUUUUCUGAAUUUCCCCCAAAUUGCCGCCGGCCUCUUCCCCCUGCCAUGUCCGGUUCUACAGCUGGAAAAUUUCUGGUUUCUGAUCGUUCUGUCAGUUAGCAUUGAGAUUGAGUGCUCGGUUUUGUGCGAGUGAGGAAGUGAAAGCGAGGACAGGGAAAUCAAGGGGAGUGACAAGUUAGAAGGCUAGCCAUUUCGAGAUUGAGCAUAGAUUUAGAAAUAAAUCAUGAUCUUGUAUUUGGAGAUUUUAUUGGAGAUUUAUGAUAUCAAAGAGAUUUUAUAAUUUGAUCUUCAGAUUUUGAUGGUGAGGAAUUUGAUGAAGAGGUGUUGAAAGAUUAGUCCUAAAAAGAAUUAUCCAAGAGUUCGUUCACCUAUUCUCACUAGAGCUCUUGCAAGGAAGAUGGCUAACGAAGCUAAUUUAGAGAAGGGAAAUGUUCCGAUGGCAAAUCUCCCUGUGGCCACAUCUGUUUUAACUCUUGGGAAGGAGCCAAUGUCAUCUUGCCCACCAAAUCCAACUAUUGGUGGAACUUCUGGGACAAAGCCAUUUGUUCUAAAUGCUGGUGUUGCUACAGUUCAGUCUAAUGAUCAAGAGGAGACUCAAGUUGUCAACACAAUCGCAGAGGAUGAAGACAAGCUGGUUAUCGUGGGAGAGGAAGUGGAAGAUGGAAUCAAGUCAGGGAUUAUUAUUGAUUAUCAAGCAAUGAAGAGUAUCCUUGAACAAUACCAAAAUGGUAGUUUAGGGGUUUUUAGUUCAAGGAAAGUUGGUCAAAAUCGAAAGGAGGAGCAUGGGAAUGGCACUAUAAGCUCAGUUUAUGAGGCAUAUAAUCAGUCACGGGGACAGUUCAACAAUCAGUUCCAAGCUUCAGCUUAUCAAUCAACAGCUUUCACAAGUCAAUCAAGGCCCGUUUAUGCCUCUGGGACAAGUCGUCCACAACAAGAGAAAAAGAGACGCUAUUUUGAUAAACUUCCAAUGUCAUAUACUGAAGUGUUUCGACAGUUGAUAACAGCUAGGCUUGUUACCCUUCACCGUGUCCAAGAUCUGAUAGAUGCAAAAGAGUUACAAAUUACAUCAGAACCUGGGGUUGUUGGUCCGAAUGUCACUAAAAACCAUUUACCCACACAUGAUGGUCCAACAGUUAAUAUGAUCAAGAAAGACUCCGAUAAAGGUCAUGAGGUGACUACAUCAACAAAUAAUGAUGGUUUGAGCACUUCUUUUGAGAAGUUGAGCAUAUGUGUCAUUGAUGAAGGAAAGGGUGAUGACAAGCUUAUCCUACCUACUCAUGGUGAAGCUUUAGACAACAAGACAGUAGAAAUUCUUCAUGUUCCUAUCAUUAAAUCGUAAGAUGUGUCAAUCUUCUUGUGGUUGAGCUUGUGACCAUGAGAAAAGAUGGUUAAAACAAGCCUUUUAUAUUUUAUGAAGCAUUGUAGGCAUGACAAAUAAUGUUCCAUUCAGUUCAUUUCAAUCAAUAAUGCUACUUUCAUUUUCAUUCCCUCUCUUCAUAUGCAAGAUUGUUCAUUUUCUUUUAUUCAAAUUUCUUAUGCUAGCCAAAAUUUCAAUUUCCUGGUUUGUUGAUAAUAAAUCCACAAAUAGUGA